UCGGAAUAUAAGUCGAUGGCUCUCUGACAGCUACGGCUAUCGUGCAAUGUUUACGUCGCGCUGAGAGACCGGAAUUAAUACGAAAUUCUUUGUUGAUAUUAUUACCUAACAAUCAUUUCCGACUGACGUUUGAAUGCACGGAUAACUCCGAACUGCCGUGUCCUCCGGCUUAUUCCCUCAAAUCUUCCUUCGCGUAAUUUAAAAUAAAAAAAAAAAAAAAAUACUUUCUUCGAAUUAAACCUCGCUUCCGGAAAUAUCGUCUAUAUGAGUACAGAUCGCUCGGUAUAUAUCAAGAGCAAACAUGAUCUGAUUUCACACGGAAAUAGAAACGAAGUGCGAUUUAUUCAGAUUAAAAAAACAUCAGCAUUUGCACAAAACGCAUUUAUUAUAGGUGAAUAUCACUGAAGUGUACUCAUUGUAUGUUUACAUUAGAAAUACUUUUCGUUGCUAUGUUUACAGCAUUCGUUGGAGCUCGGAUUUAAAGAAUGGAAGUUUCUAAGUUGACGAAUUCUGCGAAUGAAAAAUUACCUUUGGAAAUUCUUAAUUCUGAAUCUUCUGCUAACUACAUUAAGAGCUGGCCAGUACAAUUACCUGUCCCUGAGAAGACAUUUUACAUUAAAGGAACUCGUAACACAAGGCACAAACCUUAUCAUUUCAAGUAUACCUAUAUGAAGAACUGGUUAAUUCCUCUUGAUGGCCCAGUGCCUCUGGAUCAUGUCCAUUUUCUGUUGGACUGCUUUGUAGUUUCAGCUGGCCCAGUACCACCUCAGCUUGGCAGAUACCAUCCUCAAUCAGAUCCUGAAGAAUUUGUGCAGAAAGAAAAAACUGAAGACACCUGGAGUGUAAAUAGUACCGAGGAAGAGGUUUAUUGGGCUAAAAUGAGUACACAAAAGCCUAAGGCUUCCUCUACAUUCAGAGAUGCUGGCACAUCUUCGAUGGCAAAUACAUACGAAAAAGAUACUGAAGAUUAUUCUUUUGAACGCUGUUUUUCUACAACCAUGACACGAUUUGAGUCAAGGCACGUUAUUCCAUCUGAUUUCCCUUCAUCCGAGGACAUUGUCCGAGAACUUGCGGAAAUGAGACUUGUCUUGGAGAGACUUUUAGAAAACCAUGAUAUGGUCAACUGGGAUCACCCACGUGGUCUGCGAGAUGUACUCGAAUUAUUGCCGGAAGACAUGAGCCCUAAUGAGCCAUCUCCUCAUUAUCCGGUUGGGGAUUGGCAAUUUGAUGAAUGUGGGAUAUGCUACGAAAGUCAAUGGCUAUACCACCGAGCUUGUUGCGGUUUUUCUGCGUGUUCCAGUUGCUUGCAGUCUUAUUUUUCAUCUAAGAUAGAUGAUGGCCAAGUCAAAAUAGAAUGCUGCAACACAUCAUGCAGCUCAUACGUACACAGAGAUGAAAUUUCAGCUCGUCUAAGUAUAGCUGAUAAAGAGAAAUUCCACAAACUUUUGAUUCUUGCUAAUCAAGAUUCUAACACCAAAACCUGUCCACGCUGCAGUCAUGUCACAAAGAUCGCUAGCAAGUCGAAGAAGAAAAAAGAACAGAAAUUCCCUUGCAUUACAUGUCCUUCUUGCCAUUUGGAGUGGUGUUUCAACUGCCAUGCUCCAUGGCAUGGAUCGUUGUCUUGCAAGCAGUUUAGAAAAGGCGAUCGUUUGUUGAGAUCAUGGGCUCGCGAAAGGAAUCAUGGACAACUGAAUGCUCAGAAAUGUCCAAACUGCAAGGUCUACAUACAGCGUACUACGGGAUGUGACCACAUGCAUUGCACACGCUGCAAAACAGAUUUCUGCUACAAAUGUGGAGAGCGAUUUCGAUACUUGAAGUUCUUCGGAGAUCAUUACAGCAAACUGAGCAUUUUUGGUUGCAAAUACAGGUUUAAAGCGGAUCAGCCUUUACAAAGGAAAGCCAUAAGAGGAGCUGUAUUUGGUGGAAAACUGGUCGCAGCUCCAGUUCUGGGAGUGCUUGCAUUAUGUGCUGGAGCCCUGGCAGUAGGGAUUUCCCUUUUCGCCUUACCAGUAUACGGAGGGGUCCGUUUGUAUAGGCACUGUGAAGGACGACAGACAACUAAAGCUGUCAGAAGACAUCCACCAACUUAUCACAUCCAUAAUGUUAAUUUACACGACUGCUUCUUAAGAGCAUUCCCUGAAAACUAAAAUUUAAGUUAUAUAUGCCCAUACUUGUUGUUCAAGCAGCUGUUUCGUGAUGUUUAAUGAUGCUGUUUCGUGAUGCUUAAUGUGUGUUUGUGCAUUAGGGCUGUUAUUGAUCUCAGGAAUGUUGCUUAUUCAUUUUUGGUCAUUUUUGUUAAAAUUGCAUUAGUAUUUAUAAUAUAAAAAAAAAAAAAAAAAAGCUAGAUUUAAGAGUCUAUUGUUGUAGUCUUGCUUUAAAUAUAUUGUAAAUGUAAGUGAUGUAAGUCUGUGUUUAAAACACUUGAACUACUGGAAAAUAAAAUUUUAACUCUUUCCAGCA